UAAAUUUAAAGCAUCAAUUAUUUUUACACAGGUAUGUUAUAAUUUUGAGCAGGAAGUUCUUAAACAUGUCGCAAAAUACGUGUCUUAAAGUCUGUUUUUAAGAGUCGAUUUUACUUCCGCAUUGAACACUUUGGUCAUGGAUUACACAAUGGAGAACUUAACAUCAUCUACGCCUAUUGCAAAUUAUACAUCAACAACGCUUAGUGCAAAUGUAACAUCAACGAUUGGACCAGUACCGGUAUUUCCAUCUACAUUCAAACCGAUAGAAGUUGGGGACAUUGCAUUGACAUUACUUGCAAGUACAUUGUCUAUAUUCGGUGCAAUUUUAAUCUUCGUUGCAUAUUGUGUGACUGAUAGCUUCCGACCAGAAAAUGAAACCAGAAGACUGCUGAUAUAUUUGACUGUAUCCGAUUUACUUGUUGCUUUUGGCAAUUUUGGAGGAACGAUAAGAUAUAUAGCUGUUUUUGGCAACAAUAAAUUUUCUUUGAAUUGUACUCUUGACACUCGAUGUGAUCUAUUUUGUGUUGUUCAGAGUUUUGUUUGUGCAACAGCAUCCAUGUGGUCGUUCUUCUGGAAUACAGUAAUUGGUAUCCAUAUAUUUGUUGCUUUGGUUUACUGCCGACAUGGUACAUGGCCAUGGAAGAUGAAAAUAUUCACUCAUUCCGUAUGUUGGUUGGUGCCUUUGAGUAUAACUAUCGCUGCUGUUAGUAAGGAAGUUCUAGGUGAAGACUUUUCCCAAGGAACUGGUGCCUGGUGCUGGAUCUCUUCCUGCCUUGAUAAGAACGCUAGAACAUUAUGGAUGGUGGUUACCGGUAAAGGAUGGGAAAUCACGUGGUAUUUUGCGACCUGUAUUAUGUUCUUUUUUGUAAAAGGAUAUAUGUGGAAACAGAGACGAAGACACAAUCGACGUCAUUUCAGUGAGGUAUCAGAGCGACUGAGAGUCGAAGAUGAAAGUUAUCUCUACCUAUGGCUGAUCGGAUACUGUCUCAGAAUAUGGGGAACAUGUCGAUUUUUCUUGUAUGCGUUAAGACGGCAUACUGGAAAUCCCCUGUCUCAUUUUGACACUACAGAUGAUGUAUUUCUACAUUUCCAAAGUUUUGGAGACAGUGCGCAGGCGUUUUGCACGUGUAUUUUAUUUUGCUUCUUAGAUAAGACUACUAGACAUCAUCUCUACAAAAAAUUGUGUUGCAAAUGUUGCAAAAGAUCUGAUGGAGAGGAAUUAAGACCAAUUUUAACUGAAACAGCAAAUAUCAAUUAUUCCGUGUAAAAGUAUAUAACAUUUCUGAGAACAUUUUAACCGUCAUUUACCAAGAACAACAUUAAACAAUAAUGAUUUAAAAGGGCAUUAGCUACGAAUUCGACAAACAAAUAAAAUACAACUAGCAGUAAAGAAAUGAUAUUUUGCUUCUAGUAGUCAGUUUGGUUCAACUUUGUCAAAAUAAGCUAAAAAAUCCCAUUGCACGUGCUCGCUACAUGUUUAUAUUCAUAUUUACAUGUAUAUCGGGUUACAUGAUCGUCGGCAGUCUUCGGAGGAAAUCGCGAUGGAUAAUAAGAUGGCGUCUGUUCUAAAAUACACACGGGAUGCUGAUACAUUGUAACGAGCCCAUGUUUUGUUAAUUGUUUCUUUUGGACCUAAAGUAAUUUGGAUAUACGUUUUAGUAUGUUAUAAAUAAAGUAUUAGAAUUUGGGUCAAAUCAAUUGACAGCUAAUGUCCCUUUAAUAAAAACCAAACUGCAUUGGCGGUAAUAAUAAGUAGUAACUUUCUUUCAACUGUUGUCAGUAGUAUAUGAAUUAUUAGUUGUAUUGUUCCUCACUACACAAUAAAUCAUCAAAUGGUA